AAAAACCCCGUCCGGAAAAAAAAAAAAAACAGGAGUUCGAGGAAGUGAAUGGGUCGGUGUACGUUUUCAGUUUAAAUUCAAAAUGACAAGUUGGAGAUUUGGACUGGCUGGGACUGUUUUGUUGCGAUUGCUUAAUCUUUAACCCGUCAGACCUUCAGACUGUUUCGUGUGCAGGAAUGGAGAUGUUUUUAUGCAGAGGACGUCUGUUAAAUCUAAGGAGAACCAUGGCCGCGUUGCAAUCCUACUGCUCAACAGUGACAUGUGGCAGGCAAACUGUUAAUGGAGUGGAUCUUUACUAUGAGAAGACAGGCACAGGAAAACACGCAGUGGUGUUGCUUCCAGGUGCUCUAGGAAACACUAAGACAGAUUUUCAACCACAGCUUAAGUCUUUGAACAAGGAGCUUUUUACUGUGGUGGGCUGGGAUCCACGUGGUUAUGGGCAAUCGCGCCCUCCAGACCGAGACUUUCCCCUCAACUUCUUUGAAAGGGAUGCAAGGGAUGUUGUGGAUCUAAUGAGGACAUUGGGGUUCGUCAAGUUCUCUCUGCUGGGGUGGAGUGAUGGUGGGAUAACAGCCCUCAUUGCUGCUGCCAAGAACCCUGGCUUAAUCAACAAGAUGGUUGUAUGGGGAUCCAAUGCAUUUGUAUCGCAAGAAGACCUCGAUAUUUACAAUUCGGUCUGUGAUGUGUCCAAAUGGAGUGCAAGAAUGAGGGCCCCGAUGGAGGAGGUGUAUGGGGCAGAUGUCUUUGCAAAAACAUGGGAAGCCUGGGUGAAUGGGAUCGGACAGUUUGCCCAUAUACCUAAAGGAAACAUCUGCAUUGACCUUCUUCCUUUAAUCAAAUGUCCAACACUGAUCAUUCAUGGAGAGAAAGAUCCCAUGGUGCCUAGCUGUCACCCAUACUUCCUCCUCAAACAUAUCCAGGGAUCACGAUUACAUCUGAUGCCAGAGGGAAAACACAAUGUCCAUCUCAGGUUUCCUGAAGAAUUCAACAAACUUGUGGAAGAUUUUCUGGAAGAGGGGCAGAAUAAUAAAUAAACCUGAAAGUGAUGAAAAUACAUGCACACAAAAGUAACAUUUAUAGAUCAGCAAAGGAUAAUGUGGUUAUUUUAUUCAAGUUCUGAGAUUCAGUAGACUUUCGUUGAGUGUUUCCUUCUCAGUAAUUGUGACAUUUUCACCAAGGCUAUCGGGGCUUGCUGCAAAGUGUGAUAGGCUGUCUAUAACAGGCGGGUCAUCAAGGCUGAUCAAUUUCUGCAGAAGCCCUACAAUCCACCCUCACGCUCUUCCUUCACUCUAAACUGGAGAAAGUCACCAAAUCUGAACUUUGAGCACACCUAUCCUUUCGUGUUUUCAAUGUCUCCCUCCUCCAACACAUCUGAAUCCAAUAAUCAGGAUCAUUAUCCAAACUCGAUUAAAUUGAUUAAAAUCACUUAAUAAAUUAGUUGCCAAAGAAUUUGAUAAUCGAUCCUUGCAGCUAUGAGCAGUCCCGUUUGGGUCCUUGUGUGUAAUGUUUACCUGUGUGUGCGCACCAGUGAAUUGAGCAAGAGAGAAAGAGUUCAAUGCACUGAGGUUUAUUUGCUGAAUCAAUGAUAUUUACGCGAGAGCUAGAUUGUUUUGAGUCGUGUGUGUUGUUAGAUCCAGUGUGCGUUCGUAUUCUUCGUUGAUGAGACAUUACUACUCAGAGCGCUAGGUUAGUUAGCGAUUAUGCUAAUCAGUAGUUGUAUUGAAUUCAUUUUGUCUACACUUAUAGCAAGGGCGUAGGUUUGGUCUCAACAUUGGUAGGGACGAUAUAACAACUACAUGGACACUUUUUGCAGGAUGAAACUUUGGGUGAACAGGGGUCAGGGCUACAUUCCACACAAAUAUGAACCUAAUUAAUUGAUAGGCUAAAUGAACAAUGCAAAGUAAAUCUGUAUUGACUUUAACUUUAAUACAGGGGGGGACUUGGACUAAAAAGCACCCCUGGACUUUGACUCAGCCCAGUCCACAAGAAUCGCUGUACGAAGGGAAACACAGACCCUCUAGGGGGGUCCGGGGGCAUGCCCCCUGGGAGAAUUUUUUUUUUUUUUUUUUUUUUUUUACAUUUUAUUGUAAAAUGCAUCAAUUUCGUGCACUUUGAGAGAAAAAUGAAGCGGCUAUGAAGAACUACAUACUGCAAUAUUACACAUUUUGACUUGAAUACUCACUGAAAAUUUAACAGCACAGUCCAGGUCUCAAUGUAGAACCAGAUAAGGCAGGAGACUGCCUGAAGCACAAAGAAAACAUGGUAUGAUUUAUGAUAAAUCACAAUGAAAAGAGGAUGUAAUUAUACAUUUUAACUUGAAUAGUCACUGAGAAAUGAACAGAACACUCAGGAUCUCUAUGUAGAACCAGAAAAAGGCAGGAGACUAUUUCUUCUGAGUUAAUAUUGCUGCUGCAUGUGCAUACGUUGUUUUACAGCUAAAAUAUUUUUUCUUAGGAGAGAGAUAGUAGUACUAGCCUACUGUAACUUGACACGAUUGCAAACGGGGACAUGGACUAGCUGGCACUAACCCUUUAAUUGCCAUUUAUUUCAUUUAAAAUGUAGCUACCUGGUGGAUAACAAUUGCGGAAGUGUUCACCGAAACAUGUCAGGUAAUUAAAAUAACCUAAAAGAAUUGUUUGUGAUAAAAGAAAAAUUCAACUAAUAUGCUAAUCAGUGUCUAAAGUGUCCGUUUGUAUUGUGUUUUGGAGAAGCACGUUAGCACUUGAUUAACUGUUAGAUAGUAAAGUUGUCUCAUUUCUUUUAUAAAGAAACCACAAACAUAAACCUAUUCAUAUAACAGCUUAGAGUCUCCUUUCAACACAAACUUCCAUUCAAACUGUAAAUUAUCAAAACGAGUGUGCUUUGGAAUUGGAUUUGGAUUGUAUUUAUGAACAAUUGUUUGAUAAUGAAAACUGAUUUAUUACAGUCUGCCUCCUCUUUAUGAGAUGUUGUUGUUUAGAUUGUAUAAAGAAGUGACUGACACAAUUUAUAUCAGCGCUUUGCCCACAAGAAAAAUGUCAAUCAGCAGCACAUUUUUAAAUUUGAAUGAAAAGGACUUUUGUCAGAUUUGUGUAGUGAGAAAUUCUUUUAAUGUUUUAUACGCAAAACCUUUAUUAAAAACUUACAAGUUUUAUGUACUUAAAACAGUACAGUUGUAGACUAUAGUUAAGUCAGGAAGCUGUAAUAAGAUAUUUUUUUUAAAAAGUCAUUCAUUUUGUCUUCAUUGUUACAUACAACAUGCCUAACUAAAA